AUGGAGAGAGAGAAAGAGAAGGACCGCGCGCUCAGCGCGCCUCCGCCCUCAGAAGCGCGCCGACGGGUCGCUGUCCAGGUGCUGAAAGAUGAACCAGACCGCCGGCGCGUCGCAGCCGUGCAGAAGAAGAUCUACAGGCGAAGCAAAGGCGAGCUGGUGUCCUGGUGUGAUGGUUGUCGACAGUCGUGCCUAGUAUUCCCAUGCCAGGCUACAUCGGUAGAAGGGGUUGCAGAGUUUCCUCCAGUAGAUGUUCCGCGAGACUACGAGGAUGCCCAGGAGCAAGCCAUGCAGGCAUACAUCCAGGAGGCCCUGGAAGCGGGCAUCAUCAGGCCCUCAACUUCACCUGCCUCUGCCAGGUUUUUCUUUGUUGCCGCCUUGGAAAGGAUCCAUGGAGCCACGAUCUUCACCAAAUUAGACCUCAGGAGUGCUUAUAACCUCAUCCGCAUACGCAAGGGGGUGUUCCAGGCGUUUGUAAACCACGCCCUAGCAGACUUCAUCAACUGCUUUGUGCUGUUGUACCUGGAUGACAGCUUGGUCUUCUCCCGCACUCAAGAGGAACACAUCGAACAAGGGCGGUCCUGGUGGCCAUCGUUAUCUGAUGAUGUCCGGGAUUACGUGGAGGCCUGUACUCUAUGCUCUCAAGCCUGGAGCCCGACUCUGAAACCCACAGGGCUCCUGGAACCUCUGCUGGUGCCUUCCCCUCCCUGGACCCAUAUCGCAAUCAAUUUCCUGGUGGACCUCCCAGUCUCCGAGAGUAAGACCAUGAUUCUGACCAUGUUAGACAGAUUCUAUAAAUCUUGUCAUUUGAUCCCUCUUCCCAAGCUCCCAUCCGCCUUGGAGACAGCCAAAAUCGUAUUCCACCAGUCAAAGGGUUUGGCUCUCAACGGGGGACCUCCGGUUGAAACUCCCCUCGAAGAAGCUGAGCCUGUGGAGCUCAGUGAUGGUGGUGCAGAAAGGAACUGGAAGGGCAUUGCCAUCUCCCUGCUGGUGAUCAUCGUGGUCCUGUCACUCAUCGGCCUGGCCAUUGUCCUUCUUUCCAAAGAAAAUGGAGCCACAUUUCUGGGAUCUCCAUUAUCACUGGACGAUCUCUUCCGAAGAGAUUUUCAGGUGCAUGAUCCUGAAGCCAAGUGGAUAAAUGAUGAGGAAAUUGUUUACAGGAAUAAAGAUGGGGACAUAGUGAAAAUUAAACUAAAGAGCAGUGAGGCAGAAAUCCUGAUGAAAAACACCACCUUUGCAAUGUUCAAAGCCUCCAAGUUUGCCAUUUCUCCAGACCUCAACUUUGUCCUGCUGGCAUACGAUGUGAAACAGGUUUUUCAACACUCUUUCUUGGCAUCCUACUUGAUGUACAACUUGCGCACAAGGGAGGUUGUAGAAUUGAACCCUCCAGAGGUGUCUGACUCUGUUUUGCAGUAUGCAUCCUGGGGGGUUCGAGAUCAGCAGCUGGUGUAUAUUUUUGAGAACAACAUUUACUACCAGGCCGAAGUGAAGAUGAGCUCCUUACGGCUGACUUCAUCAGGACGGGAAGGUGUUAUUUUCAAUGGAAUUGCUGACUGGCUAUAUGAAGAGGAGCUGCUGCACACUCACGUAGCUCACUGGUUGGCACCCAAUGGUGCCAGGCUGGCCUACCUUGCGAUCAAUGACACCUUGGUGCCCAAUAUGAUUCUGCCACGCUUUACUGGUGCACUCUAUCCCAAAGGGCAGCAGUAUCCAUACCCCAAGGUUGGUCAGAUCAACCCAGUGGUCAGUUUGUAUAUAGUAACAUUGGACGAGGUGUCACAAACAAUUGAAGUCAUACCCCCAGUCUGCUUUCAAAAGAGUGAAUAUUACAUUGCCAUGGUGAAGUGGGUUACCAAUGAAAAGAUUUCUGUGAGGUGGCUGAACAGAGCCCAGAACACCUCCAUUCUAACUGUGUGUGAAGUUUCCACUGGAGAAUGUCUCAAGAAACAGGUGAUGACAUCAGAUACCUGGCUUGACCGACAGGAUGAAGUCCCAGUGUUUUCACAGGAUGGGAAAACACUAUUUCUUACCAUGCCAGUUGAAAGUGGUGAUCAAGGAGCCUUUAAUCACAUUGCAAUGUUGUCUGAUCAGGCUGAAAGUGAGACAGUAAACAUCCAAUACUUAACCUCUGGAAGCUGGGAGGUCUCUCAGAUCAUGACAUACGAUGAGAGUGCAAACGCAGUAUAUUUUUUAAGCACAGAAGGUAAUUCCUCUCAAAGACAUUUGUACAGGGUGUCCGCUGGAAAACCAUUUCAGAGGAAAUGUGUGACCUGCGAUCUGCACAAGCAGCAGUGCUCCUACUACAGCGCAGUGUUCAGCCUCAACAUCCAAAGCAUGAUUCUCACCUGCAGAGGUCCAGAUGUUCCAAGAACCUCUGUUUACAGACUGAGUGACUUAAGUAGUAAUCUUACUUUGGAGAAUAACAGAGAUUUAAAACAAGCUUUGAAAGACAGAAAAGCACCAAGGAGAGAAAUCAGAACACUUGAAAUGAAGAACUACGCAUUUCGAAUGGAGCUGAACUUCCCAAGUGACUUUGAGGAAAACAAACUGUAUCCUCUUCUUCUCAUUGUUCGUUCGGCUCCAGGUAUCCAGUCGGUAGGAGAUUGGUUCCAGCUUCAUUGGGAAUCAGUUCUCAUCAGCGCUGACAGCGUCAUCGUUGCCCGGCUGGACGGACGAGGAUCACGAUUUCAGGGUCAGAGGGUUCUGCAGGCAAUCCACCAACACCUGGGGAUCACGGAUGUGGAGGACCACAUUGUGGCUGUGCAGUCUCUGGUCAAGCUUCCCUACAUAGAUGGCAGCAGAGUUGGAGUCUAUGGGAAGGGAUAUGGAGGCUUUCUGGCAACUCUGCUCUUGUUGUCUUCUGAUACCUUGUUCAAGUGUGGGGUGGCGGUGGCACCAGUCGUGGACUGGAAACUUUACGGCUCUGCAUUCACCGAGAGAUACUUUGGAUUCCCAACAAAGAAGGCCUACAAAUACCAGAUCUUCAGUCUUCUUUCCAAUAUGACCAGAACAUACCAACACAAAUUCUUAAUUAUGCACGGAACAGCAGAUGCUACUGUGCACUUUCAGCAUUCUGCAGAGUUGGUGAAGCUCCUUUCGACAUUGAAUAUCAACUACACACUACAGAUCUUUCCGGACGAAGGCCAUGAAAUUAUUUCCACACGGAGCAGGUACUACAUGCUUACUUCUGUGGUCACCUUCUUCCGGGAAUGUUUCCAGGAAGUGUUUCCCGUCACAAAGGACACCAAAGAAGGGCAAUAG